AUGAUUGAAGAAAAAGGAAGAAGGACAGAGUCUAUGAAGGAUGUACCAUUACUGAAAUACACAACAGGUGACGCAAAGAAUCACGUAAAUCUUCACUGCUCCCCAAUCCCAUUUUUUGUUGCAAGGAAAAAAAGCAAAUACCAGAUAGACGUGGCUAAAAAACUUCAAUUUAUUGGAAUCUACGAACAAGCUGAGGAGUUAGUUCUCACAGUCCGCAGAAGCAAGGGAGUGGAACAUAAAUGGUGGAUGUAAGGGUGCAACAUGAGGAACACGAAGCACAUGGUACGGUUUCCCACCACUUCUCGUCACUGGGAAGUGCUUCACAUGGAGAUGGGCAGCGAUGGCAUCUAUCGUUAUGGGCAACAUUUCGAGCUGGACUAGGUCACCCGCAAGCAUCAAUGUCACAUCCUCGUUAUUCUGUCAUUUGAGAGAUUAGUGCAGCAGUCGCUGUAUAUCUACGAGAGUAGAUAUACAUAUCUUAGUGAUAGUGUUGUAUAAGUUCGCUCAUAUUUGGUGUAUUAGAAAACUUCUGUAUGUAGUUUUACUUGUCGUGCGUAGCGCCCGGUUUAUGGAGCAGAUAACUCGCACCUUCUUGAUCGGUAGCCAUCAUGGCUUGUUGUUUAGCUGCAUUGCAUCUGUUUUGUUUCACAGUUGUUGGUUUGUGUGGGGAGCGUUCCCCAGUGACUGUACGUAAAGCUGACGAAUGAACCUUCA